UUUUGAUUGGCAUGAAGUGCAGUGUGCAACGGUGUAGUGUGCACAACACAAUAAAAAAUUAAUUGUCGCGUAUAUACACUGUGCCCCUCCUGCAGCCAUUAAUACAACCAACGGAUAGAUUAUUGAUAGAGUUUAAGGCAGGUCAAUCCCAAUUAAAUUUGAAAUCUCACAAUAUCAUGAGGGAAUUUCAAAAAACUGAAGGUUCCGAGUUGGGAGAAAUGAAUAACUUUCAAUUCAGUGAAAAAACAAUAAGACAAGCAUUCAUAAGAAAAGUCUAUGCAAUACUAUUACUUCAGCUACUAGUAACCUGCAGUAUAUCAGCUCUUAUGACGUUUCAUGAAGAUAUCAAAUUGUUCAUGCAUACGUCCCCACACCAGAUCAUUGUCAUAGUCUGCGCCAUUAUUGCAUUUGUUCUCGUCAUUGUUCUGACCUGCUGUAACAGUGUUUGUCGCAAGCAUCCGACCAAUUUGAUAUUCCUUAUUAUUUUUACGCUCGCGGAAUCUGUAGUGGUUGGUUUCAUUUGCAGUCUUUAUGAUCCAAAAAAGGUUCUGCUAGCUGCAGGUAUAACAGCUGCGAUUUGUUUAUGCCUGACAAUAUUUGCAUUUCAAACGAAGUUCGACUUUACAGGCUUUGGACCUUAUUUGUUCAUAUUUUUGAUUGCAUUAGUGAUCCUUGGCUUUGUCGUUCCAUUUUUUAGAAGCGAAUGGCUUGUUACAUUAGUCAGUGCCGGUGGAGCUGUUUUAUUUUCUUUUUACAUAAUAUAUGAUACUCAGCUAAUGUUGGGGGGUGACCACAAGUACAGUAUAUCCCCUGAGGAGCACAUCUUUGCGUCCCUUAGCUUGUACCUCGAUAUUAUUAAUCUAUUUCUUUACAUUUUGAGACUUUUAAGAUAAAUUUAUAAAACUGAAUACUAUAAGUUUCAAAUUUAAAAUACGUUCUUGAAUUAUGACUAUUUUAAAAGACUGACGGUUCUGUCUCCAAAAUCAUACUAUACCGCAAAACUUGAAUACCUCUUAGUUAUAUGUAUGAUUCACAUAAAAUACCAACCUUUUAAAUGUUAUUAUUUCAUUUAUAUUAUACACGUUGCAGAGAUAUAUUUGUUAGUGCAUAUUUUUCUUUUUCUCUUAAUAAUUUUUGCAUAUUUAAAUCUUGGUUUAUAAAAAAUAAAACUAGUCUACAACUUUUGAUGGCCUGUAUGAGAUUUUGAUUUUUAGUUAACAACUCAUUGUAAAGGUUCAAGUACAUCCAAACCUACAACUUAGUUAACAACUGGUGAAUGAAAAAUAGUAACAUAUAAAAUAAUAAAAUAUGCCAUAACAGCGUAACAUUACGUUAUGUCAACAGGUAUCAUGUUCUAAACAGUGAAUUGAAAAAAUGACUUCUCUUCAACGAAAAUUUUUUAAACAAACACUGCGUAAUUACAUGUUAUAAGUGAAAUAUUUGUUUUUAUUAAAAAAAAGCCUU